AUGAAAUACUUGUACACAACCUUUUCUCCCCUCAUAUUUGCAGACACUGGCUUUGAGAUUGUUGACACCUUUGAGAAACUCGAAGAGGAGACCAUUCCAGUCUACAAUCCAGAGAACUAUUACCCAGCCCACAUCGGCCAGGUACUGUUGGACAAAUACCAGAUUGUUGGGAAACUAGGCUAUGGAGUGACCUCAACUGUGUGGCUCGGCCGUGAUCUUCAAGAAUCCCGAUAUGUGUCCUUGAAGAUAUGCACUGCUUCCUCGAGGCGAAAUAAUGAAAUCGAUAUCUACAAACGGCUAGAUUCCGUUGCUUCAAAAACAGAUCAUGUUGGACAAACUCUCUAUCGACAAUUAUAUGAUUCCUUUGAGAUUAUUGCACCUCAUGGUACCUCCCACACAUGCCUUGUCCAUCAGCCACUAGGGUUGAGUAUGAGCCAAGUUGUCGAUCUCCACCGUUCCAGACUUCUAUCAACAGAUGUUCUCAAACCUGUACUACGCCAACUACUAAUUGGCCUUGACUUUUUGCAUGUAGCAGAUGUUGUUCAUACUGACAUUCAACCCAAAAAUUUGCUUCUUGAGAUCAAAGAUGAUGCUGUGUUUAGACUUUUUGAAGAAGCUGAAUUGAAUGAGCCAGCACCAAGGAAGAUUCUGAAUGAUCGUAUCAUCUAUAUGACCCGGCGCAUUCCUGGACUUAAAACACUCCCCAUCUUGACUGAUUUCGGGGAGGCCCGGCUCAUGAGUAAGCCUCAGCCAAACAAGCUUAUCAUGCCUCAUCAUUACAGAGCACCAGAGGUGAUUCUUCAGAUGGAGUGGAACAACAAAGUUGAUAUUUGGAGUAUCGCAGCACUCUCUUGGAACUUCGUAUCAUCCCGCUAUCUUUUCCCCGCGCGGAUUUCAGAAGAUUGGGAUAUUUAUGAACCCGAACGUAUUGCAGAGAUGGUUGCCAUUAUGGGACCCCCACCAAAAGAAUUUCUCAAAAGAAGUGAUGUGUGCAACAUAUUCUGGGAUGAAGAUGGGAGGUGGAAGGACACUUGCCCCAUCCCAAACAUAUCACUUGGUAGUCUCGCCAAAGAUAUAAAAGGUGAUGACAAGGAUGGCUUUCUAACCUUCUUGCGGAAAAUCCUGCGUUGGCUACCUGAGGAGCGGCCAACAGCUGGAGAGCUUGUGUAUGAUGAAUGGCUUAUGAAGGGCUUGGGUGAGAAGAAUGGGUGA